UAUUUUUAUUUUUAUUUUUUUAUCUUUACUCUCUAGUAAUUGGAUAAUAAAUAAUAAAGUCAGUGCUUGAGUGCUUAGUGUAUACAAAUCUAUCCAAAAUCUGAAGUAAAAAUGAAUAAUUAUUUGAACAAAAUGCGUUAGUCAUUAGUUAAUACUUUUUAUAAUUAACAUGAGUGAUAUUAUAUAAUAUUAACAUUUAAAAUGUCUAAAAACAAAUUGUCUACACAUUAUUCUUGUGUUUGUAAUAAAUCUUACAGCCAAAAACGUCAAAUACGCCAACACGUUAGCCUUUGCAAAUAUGCCCAAAACCCUAUUAAAAAAGAUUUGUUACAAUUGGCAACUUCAAAAUGUAAAAUAUAUUCUGUAAAUGAUAAACUAAGCGCUAAUAAGGUUCAGUCAACAGAACGAUACAAAUGUGGAUGUGAAAAACGUUUUGAGUCUAAAGGUGGUUAUUACAGACAUAUAAAAAAGUGUAAACUACGUCCUGAACAACAGGUUGUAACUGGCAAUACUAAGUGUAACGAACCUGGAUGCUUAAUGACGUUCAAGUACAUAAGAGACUUUCGACAGCAUUUAAAUGAGAAGCACCAAAUACAAUUUGAUGUUGAAGAUAAAAUGUUUGAUAAAUAUGCUGAUUUUUUAAGUUGGAAAGUAAAGUAUGAAUCAGAAACUCGCAGUUGCUUUUAUCACCGUAAAAAUUUAACACGUAGUGGACGUAGAGUAGAAUAUUGGUAUUGCAACCGUUCAGGUAGUUACCAGAGUUCAUUACAAAGUCGUAGACGGAAGUUAAAAUCUCAAGGAAUUCUUAAAAUAAAUAAUAAUUGUACAUCUUCAAUAACAGUAACUGUAAAUAACACUGAUGACAGUGUUCAAGCUGUUGUUUACCACACACAUUAUGGACAUAAAGCUGAACUCAUACAUUUACGAAUUCCUAAAAGUGAUAAACAAGAAAUAGCUUCCAAAUUAUCACAAGGUGUUAAAAUCGAAGAUAUAUUAUUAUCAUAUAAAAAAGAUGGAUCAUCUAAGCAAACUGAACGAAAACAUUUAAUAAAACGAAGAGAUAUAUUAAACAUUUCUAAAAAAUAUAAUGUUAAAAUUAUGUUACCAGAAGUGCAAUCGUCAAAAAAUAAAAUAAACUAUGAAAUUGAUCAAGAAACAAUUAAACCUCUCAUUUUAGACUAUAUACCAAGUACAGUUGAGGCUAACAAAAGGCAUCUUAUUGCUUCACAACUUUCAUUAUCUCUUGUAAACCCAAUUCAUGAAAGUAUUGAAAAUGUUUGGAGAAUUUCUGUGGAAAAUAGUUUAGUUACUACACAUCCUUCAAUUAACUAUAAUAAAAAAACUUAUGAUGUUACUAAAAAUGAUGUAUUAUCAUGCUCUAAUGAAGAUUGUAUAUCUUAUUGCAACUAUUGUAAUAUUUGUUACCAUGCCUAUUCUUGUAAAUGUCCAGAUUAUACCUCGAAAAAAGUUAUUUGCAAACACAUUCAUUUAACUGUACUUUUUCAAGCAAAUUCACAAACUUGUCAGUACGAAAAUCAUAUAGAAAGAUCUUUCCAAGGGAUCCAAGAUCAUACAUAUUAUACACAAAAUCGCAUAGAACCUAUUAAAAAUUCAGAACAUAUUAAUAAUGUCCGAUUAAACAAUCAAUCAGAAAAACUUAAAAAUAUUAAAUUAAGAUUGGAAAAAUUAAUGAUGGAUACAAUAGUAAAAAUUGAUGAGUGUAAUAAUAGUGAUUUAUUAGAAACUUUGGAGAAACAAAUUACUAACACAACGCGUAAUUUAGGCUUAGAAAAGACUACUAUGAAAAGAAAUGAAAAACAAACAAUGUUACCAGAAAAAAAUAUUGAAGUUUAUUAUGUAUUUUGAACUGUACUAAAUUUGUUUAUAAAUAAUUAUUGCAUUGAUAAGAUUUUUUUUUCCUUUUGUAAAUACAGUAAAUUUGGUAUUGUUUAUAAUUUUGUAAAAUCACAAUAUGUAAACCCAUAUUAAUGUCACUUAAAUAUAGUAAAUGUAUAAAAAAAAGGUUUUUAUACAUAAAUAAUAUAUACAAGCUAAUGAACUCUUA